GGAAGCCGGAAAACCAGAGGUAUACUAUAGCGAGUCGUCCUCCUAGGGUCUUCCUGCCCUGCGGUAGCGACCCCGUCUCGAGUCAGUUACCCGGAUCCCCUUUUUUCGCAAGCACUGCUCUUAUGUGGAGACCACCAGUUUUGGGGCACCAGAGCUAAUCUCUUUCGAAGAUGUUUGGUGGAUAUGAGAACAUAGAAGCCUAUGAAAAUGAUCUGUACCGUGAAGAGUCAUCCAGUGAACUGAGUGUAGACAGUGAAGUGGAAUUUCAGCUCUAUAGCCAAGUCCAUUAUGCACAGAAUCUUGGGGAGAGCAGCAGGGAGAAACAUACGGAAGACAAAAGUUCCGGGAAUUUUGAGUCAGUUGGCCGUGUUAAAGAAAGCCAGAACAACCUAAUCAUCCUUUCGGACACCGACGUCAUCCAAAUUUCGGAUGGGCCGGAGAUCAUCACUCUGUCCGAUGAUGAAGAUAGUGUUUAUACAUGUAAAAGAAAGAACGCGGAAAAAACGGCUCAGGUACUGGAAGGCCCAGAUGAUUCGGUCCCCGAUAUUAUUGCACACAGUAGCCUCCGUUCUAAAGCGUCCACUGUCGAGGCCUCCAAAGCGGGCAGGUUUGCCGACGAGAAGUCCGAGACCGGGAAGAGAUCGCGGGUGAUCCAGGAGGUUCUGGUGGUAGGGGACAGUUCCGAUACCGAAGAGGAGCGCCCGGCCUCGGAAAGCGGAGACAGUGAUAAUGUAGAAAGCUGGAUGCUUCUGGGAUGUGAAGUGGAUGACAAGGAUGACAACAUUCUUCUCAACCUUGUGGGUUGUGAAAACCCUGUCAGCGAAGGUGAAAAUGAGGAGAACUGGUCCAUCAGCAAUAAAGAUAUAGAGGCCCAGAUAGGCAACAAAACAGCGGUGAGACAGAUCAACCGAUACUAUUCGGGGAACAAAAACGUUACCUGUAGAAACUGCAGAGAAAGGGGACAUUUGUCCAAAAACUGCCCUCUUCCACAGAAAAGUCCUACCUGUUGUCUGUGUGGGGUGAGAGGACACCUGCAAUACAACUGCCCAGCCCGACUUUGUUUAGACUGUUCCUUACCUGCGUCUUACCCUCAUAAAUGUUUUGAGAAACCUUCGUGGAAAAAGAACUGUCACCGCUGUGACAUGAUGGGCCACUAUGCUGACGCUUGCCCAGAAAUAUGGAGGCAGUAUCACCUAACGACCAGACCCGGACCUCCUAAGAAGCCCAAGACCUAUUCUGGACGAUCGGCCCUGGUGUAUUGCUAUAACUGCUCUCAGAAAGGCCAUUAUGGAUUUGAAUGCACCGAAAGGCGAAUGUUCAAUGGAAUAUUCCCCGCUUCACCGUUCAUCUACUCCUACGAUGGGGAAUAUGACAUCCGGAAGAGAGAGCAGAGGAUAAAAUGGAAAAUGGAAGAACUCCAGGAAGCCAGUGGGUUUCCAAGACAGUUCAAGAGGCCUCACCUAGAAGCAGAGGCAGCAGAUCAGGGUCACUACCGUAGGAUAAAGAGUCGUGCCGAAGACGAAGACCACAGGUGGCCUCGAGGAGAGAGAUAUUCCACGAAAGCGAAAAGUCAGGACCGAAACCAGAAACACCAAGAAAAGAAGCACAGGAAGAGGGUCCCAAAGAAUCAUGACGUGGAUGAGGACUUUCCCCGGGGACCCAAAACCCACUCUUCCCAUUGCGGUACCAAGACUCGAAAGAAAUCUCACCAUUCUUCCCACUUAGCUUGCCAAAAACUGAGUAGAAGAGAACAUCCCGAGGAGGGCAAGCAAAGGAAACGCAAGAAAAAGUGGGAAAGGGGGGGUGAUGAUGAUGUGGAUGAGAGUUUGUUCGUAAUCAAACAGAGAAAGAAGAAAUCUAAGUUUAACUGAGGUAGUGGCCUCAUCUGCCAAUACACUUUCUCGACUUUGUAUUAGGAAACAGAGUUGUAUCCCAACCUUGCGCAUAGGAAGGAAAAGCAAAGACAAUUUAGCUCCCCCGAUCUCCAUUGCUAAAUAUGAGUGCCUUACUAUCCUUGGUAAUGAAUCAGUCGUUCGAUAGGUUGGGGACAAAAGGGGUAAAUUGUGCAUUUUUUA